AUGGCGGCAAGAGGGCCAGCUGGUCGUCCCGGAGCAGGCGGCAGAUUUGCUCAAUUCAAACUGUCCUCGUUAGUUCUGCGAUUCGUCAAGGACCAGUUUGACGACUAUCGCGAAUCUACGAUCGGUGCCGCCUUCCUUACACAAACUGUCACCCUGGAUGAGAACACCACUGUGAAGUUCGAGAUAUGGGAUACUGCCGGGCAGGAACGAUACAAAUCUUUAGCGCCAAUGUACUACAGGAACGCCCAUUGCGCUGUCGUGGUCUACGAUAUUACACAAGCUUCAUCAUUAGACAAGGCGAAGUCGUGGGUAAAAGAGCUCCAACGGCAAGCCAACGAGAACAUAAUCAUUGCCCUUGCUGGUAACAAGAAAGAUAUUGUCGACGAGAACCCUGACAAGCGAGCGAUACCGGCUGCAGAUGCUGAGCAGUAUGCAAAAGAGGCGGGUCUACUAUUCUUUGAAACAUCGGCAAAGACUUCGAACAACGUCAAGGAGCUCUUUACUGCAAUUGCAAAGAAGCUACCACUAGAUCAGGCUGGCCCAAGAAAUCUUCGAGCAAAUCCCAGGACUGGCCCACUUGACUUGAGGCCAGAGGCUACACAACAAGGUGCUGGAAAUUGUAACUGCUGA